GCCAUGUCUUCAGGUUCCUCCUCGUCGACCCCGACAACCCGCUCGCGCACCCUUCUAUUCAUCUCAUACCGUGACUCCCGUGCCAGCUCUUCGCGCUUUCGCCGCUCCCGUGUUAUUGCAAACUACGAUGACGGCCUCAAUGACGGCGACGAGCAGGAGCACCUCAUCAGCCAUGACGCGGGACACGUAUCCAUAGACGCACAGCUGCCGCCCAAGUGGGUCGACAUCGCGGACCAGGUGGAAGAGAUACUCGCGACCACACAGGCUAAAAUCACCGCGCUCGACAGACUCCAUGCAAAACAUGUUUUACCCGGGUUCUCGGACCGGUCUGCAGAGGAGAGAGAGAUUGAAGCCGCGACAACCGAAAUUACCAAAGACUUUCGCCGAUGCCAUGUUCUUAUUCAGCGCGUAGGUGCUGAACCAGAGCACGCAUUCCCUCCUGCCGCAUCCGGGCGGUCACACCAUCAAGCGUUGGCAGCGAAGAACGUGCAGCGCGGCCUUGCGGCGAAGGUGCAGGAGCUAAGUGCGACCUUCCGGAAGAAACAGAGGGUGUACAUGGAAAAGCUACAAGGUCAUGCGAUAAAGAACCAGGAUCUGCUCAUCGCAUCGGGCACAAUGUCAUCGAAGGGCUGGGAUGGCCUGUCUGCAGUCGACGAGGACGUUGAAGCCGCCGCUGCCUCGCGCAAUCGCGCCGCCCUGGCGCAGGACAUGAUGAUAGCCGAUGUGGAUCUGCGACAACGCAACCACGAGCUGACGCAGAUCGCGCAGUCGAUCGCGUCGCUGGCAGAGCUAUUUAAGGACCUGUCUGUGAUGGUGAUUGACCAGGGCACGCUGCUGGACAGCGUCGAGUACAACAUUGAGCAGACGGCCGUGCAGAUGGAGGAGGCCGUCCGGGAGUUGAACACCGCCACGAGGUACCAGAAGAGCACCGGGCGAAGGAAGUGCAUCUUCCUGCUUGUGCUCAUCAUCUUCGGGCUUAUCAUCACGCUCAUCUUCAAGCCGCGACGGCAUGCCUCAUCGGUGCCAUCGCCUGCACCAUCAGCACAUCCAGACGGGGCGGCCGUCACGAGCAUCCUUAUACCGACCGCCGGUGCGGAGAUGGGGAGGACGGCGCGGCGGCUGUUCAGGCGGCGUCCCGACCGAUGAUGAUACCCGGAGGAUCUGCGCGCCCUUACUUCACUAUUACCUGGUCUAAUCUGGCAGCGUCGUGCCUUGCUUACCUACUCGGAAACCUACUUGUCAUCUUUGGAUUCUAAUGCAGACUUGGAAAGCACGGGCGACCGUGUGCUUAAUCGUG